GUGACUGUAAGAGCUUGGGCACAGCUUGAGCCCAGGGCUGAACAUGAACGGUGCUGGGUACCUGGGGCAGCAGAGACCAGCGGCUUACAGGGCAAGUGGUACCGGGGCCAAUACUGUUCCACUGUAUCGUAAAGAUGAAACUCCAGCGUAGCCUCCUUUCUCUGUGCCUUCUGCUGUAUUUUGGCCUCAUUGGGAGCAACAAGGUCACGCCCCGGCUGAAAUUGUCCUAUCAGGAUCUGAUGUCUCUGCAUGGACUCAGGACAUUUACACUAGAGCGCUCUUGCUGUUAUGACGCACUCUUCCUAGAUGAGGAGCGUGGCCGUCUCUUUGUGGGGGGGAAAAACUACCUGAUGUCUCUCAGCCUGGAUAAUAUCAGCAAACAAGAACUGGCAAUUCACUGGCCGGCACCGGUGGAGUGGAGAGAAGAGUGUAACUGGGCUGGAAAGGAUAUCAAUAUAGACUGUAUGAACUACGUGAAGAUCCUGCAGCCGUACAACCGGACUCAUUUGUUCACCUGUGGGACUGGAGCUUUCCAUCCAACUUGUGGAUUUGUCCAUGUUGGGCAGCGAACAGAUGACACAGUAUUUAAAAUGGAUCUGAGAAGGAUGGAGGACGGGAAGGGGCGCUGUCCAUAUGACCCCAAACAUAUAGCAGCUGCCGUACUAGUAGGAGAUGAACUAUAUUCUGGAGUUGCAACGGACCUUAUGGGCCGGGAUUUCACCAUAUUUCGCAGCCUGGGUAGGCGCCCUCCCUUGCGCACAGAGCAGCAUGAUUCCCGUUGGCUAAACGAACCCAAGUUUGUGAAAGUUUUCUGGAUUCCUGAGAGUGAAAAUCCAGAUGACGAUAAAAUCUACUUCUUCUUCAAGGAGACACCAGUGGAAGGAGCCGGUGGAGUGAAGCAGUCGUACGCUCGCAUUGGGCAAAUCUGCAGGAAUGACUUGGGAGGUCAGAGGAGCCUGGUGAACAAAUGGACAACUUUCCUGAAGGCCCGACUUGUGUGUAGCGUACCUGGGAAUGAAAUAGGAGGGGACACACAUUUUGAUGAGCUCCGGGAUGUCUUCCUUUUACAAACUCGGGACAGAAGAAAUCCUCUCAUUUAUGCUUUGUUUUCCACAUCAAGCUCUGUCUUCCGUGGCUCUGCCAUAUGUGUCUACACCAUGAAUGAUGUGCGUAGAGCUUUCCUGGGACCCUUUGCUCAUAAGGAAGGACCUAACUAUCAGUGGGUGUCAUAUCAGGGCAAGGUGCCAUAUCCUCGUCCCGGGAUGUGUCCCAGUAAGACAUUUGGAAGCUUUGAGUCCACAAAGAGUUUCCCAGAUGAUGUCCUUCAGUUUGCUCGGAAUCACCCACUCAUGUUCAACCCUGUGGUACCUGGGUCGGGCAGGCCUGUCUUCUUGCGCAGUCAUGGAGACCUCAGUUUCACGCAGCUGGCUGUGGACAGAGUGGCUGCUGCUGAUGGAGAGUAUGAUGUCAUGUUUAUUGGGACAGAUGUUGGUUCAGUGCUGAAAGUGAUAUCAGUGCCCAAGCAAAGCUGGCAUCACGUGGAACAAGUUGUACUGGAGGAGCUACAAGUCUUCAAGAAUGCAUCUCCUAUAACUACCAUGCAGAUCUCCUCCAAGCGGCAACAGAUAUACGUGGGAUCUGCAAGUGGCAUCUCCCAGCUGCCCCUGCACCGCUGUGGCAUCUAUGGCAAGGCAUGUGCAGAGUGUUGCUUGGCCAGGGAUCCCUAUUGUGCUUGGGAUGGUGCCAGCUGUACACGUUUUCUGCCCAACACUAAGAGGAGAUCUCGUCGCCAAGAUGUGAGGAAUGGAGACCCCAACACCCUUUGUUCAGGAGAGCAGCAGAGAUUUAGCGUGCAGGAGAAACGUCUGUUGGGGGUUGAAGGGAGCAGCAUAUUCCUUGAGUGUCUUCCAAAAUCUCUACGUGCUCAAGUCACUUGGACAUAUCAGAAGGCACCAGAAUCUUCAAGAACAGAGGUUCAGUUUGAUGAGCGUGUGCUUCAGACAGACCGUGGUAUUGUUGUACGCAAUGUAUUACGCCGUGAUGCAGGCACCUUCAUAUGUUACUCUUCAGAACAUGGAUUUACACAAACCCUUCUCCGCCUUCACUUAGAGGUUAUUCCUUCCUCCAGGACUGAAGAACACUUAGGGCUCCAGCGUGUUCCGCACAAUCGAUGGUACCAGGAUUUCAUGCGUCUAGUACAGCAGCCAGGCUCUGUGGAGCAAAUGUGCGAGGAGAUAUGGACCCGCAAGGGCCGAACCUCACAUCCACCUGGACCCCAGGGGGCCCCUCAUGUUCCAGGUUCCCAAGGACGAAGUCUCCCAGCUGUGCCACCCCUCAAUAUUAAAACCAAAGCUCAAAAGUGGAAGCACUUAGAGGAUAAGAGGAAGGUGCGGAGCCGCCGGACGCAUGAGCAGCUUAGCCGGGCUGAACGUGGUCCCAGAAGUGCCCCAAGCUAGGCUCUAAAGGAGAAAUAGACCUUCUGUGUGGUAAAGAGAGGGAGGGGGCUUGAAGCGACUGACAUUUGAGAGGUACUGAUGCACCCACUAAUUUAAAGUCUGUUGGAGAACAAUGUGUUUGCGGAGUAUUGCUCUAUCAACCUCUGCCAAAGAUGGACAAUGACCUGCUUUUUCACAUACCAACUAGGACGACAGCUAAUAAGCAAAAAAGUCUAAAGCCUCUCUCCCUUGCACAAUAUUCUGAACUCCUUUUUAUAUUUAUACAUGCCCCUAUCUUAAAGGGGUAACACUCCUUUUUUUGCAUACAGCACACAGGGUAUAAAGGGCAGGUGUUGCCAGGCUCUGCUUCUAUAUGGACUUCAGCUCUGGCAUUGGUAAGCGUGAAUGGUAUGCGAAAAGCUAGGGAUUUCCUUCAUUUGGUUUAAUACCCGGAACCUGAUUAAAUCAGCAAAAAAAUUCACAAAAUCCAGAAUGUACAAAAGCAAAUAACUGCAUCCAAAUAACUUCAGUCCUGCUACAUCUCUGCCAGCAUUAUUCAUGUGUACUGGGCACAUUCUUUCCUAGUGUGCUUUUUCAUUUUAAAAGACUUAAAAGUAAUAAAGGCACACAGCAAAGCAUUGCCAUUCUAUAGCCUUUAACUAGAGUGCAGCAUGGCCGUCAAGGAGUUAAUGGAUGGGAAUAUGCCUGGCAACACUUCCAGACAUUAAUUAAACCAUUUUUAGAAAAUAACAACUAUGCAUAUAGGGAAAAUGUGCUUAAAACUUGUGGAUAGCAUAAACAGAGAUAAUACAAAGUUACACAAAAAGUGGAGUCAGUAUCAUUUUAAAGGAGAACUAAACCCUAAAAAUGUAUAUGGCUAGAAAUACCAUAUUUUUAUGCUUAAUUUAUUGCACCAACCUAAAGCUUCAGAUCCAGACAGUCACAGUUGUGCACAGGAGGUCACCAUCUUGGAUUUUGUUAGAAGUGUCAGUGACAUUGAACAUGCUCAGUGUGCUCUGAGCAGCUGUCAUCACAAAUUACCAGGCAGAAAAGAAGUUGAUCUGUCAUAAUAACUGAUGCUACAGGGCUGAUUAUUACAUUCUGAUGCUGAAUGCACUGGUUUGUGUGCUGACAUAUAAUGAGAACCUGAAUUAAUUAAUAAUGAGCCUUGUACUGUGACUUUUAUAUUCUAAGCCCUGGUAAGUGCCCGCAGCACAGAGCAUGUGCAGGGAAUCAGCAGAAAAGAAGAUGGGGGGCUACUGGGGGCAUCUUUGGGGGCACAGAUCUUCCCUGCUGUUGGGCUGUAGUUGCCUUGGGCAAAGGUACAACAUUUCUGCCCUACUUCAUUAGUUAAGCUUUAGUUCUUCUUUGAGUGAAACACCCAUUCUUUUGUGAGUAUAAAAUAAUAUUGUACUUUGGCCCUGUAUCUAAAAUGUUAUAGCCACAGGGUACAGGAGAGAAUACUAGGGAGUCAUAGAGAACAGUGAUACAGAGAUCAAUUAUACCAUGGACCAAUUAGCCACUAUUUCAUGCUUUUAAAGGCCUGAUUGUUAUUAAAACAAUGUUAUAUAAAAAAACUGAUGGAAAUCUUGGGCAUGCUGGGGCCAUAAAAAUAAGAUGACGGGCCAUAUCUGGCCUGUGUCCUCCAACUAGACAGCCCUACAAGCUAUUAUCAUAUACACUAGCAUAAUAUUCUAAAGCAGGUUCACAAAUAUUUUGAUUAGAUUGCUUCCAAUAAUAAUUCAACAGUUCAGCUUCUUGUAUGCGGUGCUGGGGACUGACUGCACUGCAGGACUGGGAUGUCCCUAUAGGAUGCUGGGGUCCUAGUUCCCAAUAACCAUUGGUUCAUAAGCUUGACAUCUCUGCUGUUGGUUGAAUGCCCAGGAUAUAUAUAUGCAAAUUGACAUACUUCUCUGUCACACACAAUAGACCUUAAGUAACUGUGUGGAGCCCAGUCAGUCCGGGCAUUGGGUCGCUUGAGAGCGGGCAGUAGUGGAACACGUUAAUGAAAGGGUAUCCCAAUGUACUGUAUAACUAUUACUCACUAACCAUUCUGCCAGCUCGCUCAAGCAUGGAAAAACUGAAACACUUUUAUACAGAAUGUUCUAGCCCUUUCACUGCCAUUUCAUAGAAACUUCCUGCUAACCAUGAGGGGAUUAGACUGAGCAUGAUCAUUGCCACAAUCUGUGCAGGUUUAUUCAUAUUUGUAGGCUGCCUGUUAACCCCCUGAGCAACCGGAAGCGCAAAGCCAGUGCUGGAGCAGUCAUUGAGACUAACAAUUUUUAACAAAGGCUCCAACUAACUACCUUGUGCCCACAGAGAGAAUAUAUUGGUUAUAGUGUAAAUAUUAUUAGAAUGUAAAUGAACUUUCUGCUGCUAGAGAUUCCUGUGAGAGACUAGACCAUUCACAGAAGCCAUCUCCUGCUUGACCUUGGCACAUGGGGGGACAUUAAUGAUGAACAGACUUGUAUGGGACAAAACUGGAUAGAGUAAAUAACCUUAUUAAGUUAACAAUAAAGGCAAUUAUUUAGCGGCUGUGUGAAUUAAUGGUCACCAAACUAAGUGCUUAAGGGCUGUCAAAGGGCACUGUUGGGAACUGAGUAAUUAACAUAAAGUCAAUUCAGGCAUUGCAUGUGCAAUCUCCUUGGCAUUAAAGGGUUUAAAAAGGAGUAAAAUACAAAUAAAUACAACCCACAGUUUGUAAUGGAGUUGGCAUUAAGGUUUAAACAAUAGUAUAAAGUUUUUUUCCAACA